AUGUCUAAACAAAAGAUAUCAGGAGGAUUGUCGGUUGAUGAAUUGAUUAAGGCUCAAAAUAAAGUGUUUAAACUUAUUCAGAAAGACGCUUUCCAUAGUAUCAAGGAUGAAAAAUUGAGUUCAUUGUGUCCGUUUGAAGACAGUGAUGGCUUAUUCAGGUUAAAAACGAAAAUCACAGAGAGACCUGAUAGUAGGAAUUUUAAUCUUCCCAUAGUAUUGCCGAGUAACCAUCCUGUUGUUCACAGAUACAUACAAUACAAACAUGAAGAAAAUUCACAUGUUGGAGUCCAAGGAUUGUUAUCUAUUCUCAGAGAAGAAGUUUGGAUCAUUAGUGGGAGAAGAACUGUAAAAUCAGUUAUUGACAAAUGUGUCAAAUGCAAGCGAUAUUGUGUUAAAAGUUUGGAUACUGAUCCAGUACCACUUCCUUCGCAACGGGUUCGAGAUGCUUCUGUUUUUGAAGUCUGUGGAGUUGACUUAGCUGGACCUGUUUUCCUUCGAGAUGGCCAAAAAGCUUGGAUUACAUUAUAUACAUGUGCAGUAUACCGUGCCGUGCAUUUGGAGUUAGUUACUUCAUUAUCGACUGAGUCAUUCUUGCAAAGUUUGAGAAGAUUCAUUUCCAGACGGGGUCGACCAACAGUCUUGUUUGCGGACAACGUCACUAACUUCCGAGGAGCUUUCAGUGCGUUGAAGCAAAUAGAUUGGAAUAAGAUUGUUGAGUACAGCACAAUCAAACGUAUAAAAUGGAAAUUCAACCCACCUGCUUCACCAUGGUGGGGAGGCUGGUGGGAAAGACUUAUAAGACUAUUGAAACAGCUUCUUCGCAGAGUCUUAGGAAGAGCUAGUUUGACUUAUGAAGAAUUUUUUACCGUUUUGUGCAGUUGUGAAUCUGUCAUAAAUAAUAGACCCUUGACUUACAUUUCAGAAGACAGCCAUGACAUGGAAGUUUUGACGCCAGCUAUGUUUUCGAAUGGUACAAAGGAGUAUGGAGUUAUUGAUUUGGACCAGAUCAACUACACAAAUUUGUCUCGACGUUGGAACUUUAAAUUAAAAUUAAAAGAAGAUCUUGAAAAAAGAUUUAGAAGUGAAUACUUAAGUCAAUUGGUGUUGCAUUCGAAGAAGAAGAGAUCUCGUCAAGUACAAAUUGGAGAAAUUGUUUUUCUUGGAAGAGACAAUACCAAACGGAUGGACUGGCCUUUGGCGAAGAUUGAGAAGAUACUUCCUGGAAAAGAUGGCAACAUACGUCUUGUGGAAAUGAAAACAUCAAAAGGAACAGUGCUGAGACCCAUACAACAUGUGUUUCCACUUGAAUUGGUCCAGCAGAAAGACAAUCAAGAUGGUAAUGAAACAUUCGAAAUGGAAGAUGAACAAGUAGCUGAAGGUGUUGAUCGUGAACAUGAUCAACCUGUUUACACACAAAGAGGAAGAAAAAUUAUACCCCCACGAAGAUACCUGAAGCGAUAA